GAGCGUGGAAAAGCUCAAUAGAAGAAUGGACAGCAGAAGACUGGAAUGAAGACCUUUCUGAAACAAAAGUCUUUACUGCUUCCUCUGUUCCAGCUGAGAAUCAUGUGACUCCUGGGCAAAGCAUAGAUUUGGUAACACUGCUUCAAAAGCCUGUGACUUCUACCCAAGAAACAGAAGGCAACUCAUUUGAGACUCCUCAGCAACAGGCCUUUGGCCAAGCCCUAGUCUUCACAAAUUCUCAGCACAGCACCCAGAUGGCAUCAGGAACUGGCAACUCCAGUGCUGUAAACUCUUAUUCUCCUCAAAGUCUGUCUGCAGUUCUUUGUUCUGGCUUUAGAGAACUUGGAUCCUCUAAAUUAGCAAACUCUACUGGAUCCCAAAUUUUGAACCAAUUGAAAUCUCCAAGUUUGGGUCAGUUUACCUCUCAACAAAACAGUAGUAGCUCUACCACCACUACCACAACUACCACACCAUCCUGGGAUCUAAAACCACCCAUUACUCAGUCCUCAGUCCUUAGUCAGUUUGACUUUAAAUCCCAGCCUGAACCAUCCCCAGUUCUGAGCCAGCUGACCCAGCGACAGCAGCAACAAAUGCAGGCAGUCACUGUUAAUCCUCCUGGGCUGGAGUCCUUCUCCUCCCAGGUAAAACUUCACGAGCCAUCGCCAGUAGACACCUCUACAGCUGUUAGCAAAAUGUUACAGCUCCCCACUAUAUCUAUGGAUAACCAGACAGUGACUGCCCAUCAAACCCAGCAGAAACAGAUAAAACCACCAAAACGGAGGAUAACUCCAGCAUCCAAGAUUCCUGCUUCUGCAGUGGAGAUGCCUGGAUCAGCAGAAGUGACGGGGUUAAAUGUUCAGUUUGGAGCUCUGGAGUUUGGAUCAGAGACUGCACUCCCAGAGUUUGGAUCAACUUCAAGCAGUGAGAAUACCAGCCAGGCGACUAUCAAUAGCUUGUACUCAAAAUCUGUAAAUGAUCCUUUGGAUACCUCUUUGCCAAUAUCCAGUACAGUACAGGAGGCCACCUCCACAACCUCUGCCAUCACCUCUUCAAGUCUGACCUGCUCACCCCAGAGCACUAUCCCAGUAACAACUUCCUCCUAUGACCAGACUUCUGUGCAUAGUAGGAUAGCAUACCAAACCUCCAUAGCUCUGUCUGAAUCAACCCCUGUUACAGUUACGAAUGGGCACAGUGGAGUUAAAACACAGGCAACUCUUGACACACCUAAGACAGAGCCUUCUCCUUCACUACCUUCUGCUGGUUCUCUGCCUAGCAUGGUAUCCACUACUGCUUCGCUUCUGCCUUCGGCAUUACAGCACACGGCAACGUUGCCCAGCUUGCCUCAGUCCAGUGAUUUGGCCAGCAGCUCACUUUCCCAGUUAAGCAG